AUGGAGUCUAUUACUGUAUCAACUCAAAACAUUGAUUUUUAUGUUUUACCAACAGAAGAAAUAGUUAAAGUAGAUGUUCCAAUUGUUCCAUCCAUAGAACAACGAGAAUUGAUAUGUUAUGUUGAUGCUAGUUAUUCUCAUCGUAUGCAAAUUGGUCAUUCAGGUUUUCGUGCUUCAGAUGGUUCAAGUACAGUUCAUUGUUAUUCUCCUACUUGUUCAAGAAGAGGUAGUACUGAAAGUGAAGUAUUUGCUGCUGGUCUUGCUAUUCAACAUGCUUUUGAAAAUCAAUACGAUACAUUAAUCAUUUAUACAGAUAAUUCUAAAGUCGAGCAACUUCUUUGUCGUCCUAAAGAUAAAGAUAGUUGUGAUUAUCCUGGUUUUUAUCAGAUUUUAUCUCAAUAUCAACAACAACCGAAGAAUAAUAAGAUUCGGGUAGAACGAGUUCGUGGACAUCCAACACGUUAUGAACAAGAUCAAUCUGACAUAAAACGUGAGUUUGCUAAAAUUGAUCGACUUGUUCGUAAAAAAAAUCAACGAUAUAUUCGACGACAACAAAUUAAAUAUACAAGAUUUUAUCCGUCUUACUAUUCAUGCAAUACUUUUACAUAUCAUAGAUGGGAAGUAUAUCAAUGCUUAUUUUAUUUUUGA